CUUGGUCUUGGCUCGGGAUGUAAACAAUAACAAACGCUGUGGAGGGAGGACCAGCGCGAGGAAAAGCGUGGCAAGGAAGGGGAAGAAGGAAUAACCAGAGUAAUACAACUAGAAAGCAAAGUGUGUGAAUAAGCAGAAGAGGGAAUCAGGAGGAGGAGGAGACACGAAGCGAUACAAGGUCAAAAGAAGAAGGUGGGGGUUCUGACCUUCAACAAAGCUCGUCACUCGGAAACGAAAGUCAAGCGUUGAAAGACAUCAUCUGCUGCAGUACAGGAGAGGUUUGGGUAAAGAUUCGUUUUAGAGGAUGUCCCCUGUGCCAGAGCCCAUGCAUGGUGGUCGUCAGGGUCCAAACGGAACAGAGGAAGAUGAGGAUCUAACCUCCCCCUCAGCCCUGCCUCCUGGACCUCUUCUUCCUUCCUCAAGUGAUGAAGAGUUGGACCUCAACGAUUCUGAGAAUGCUCCUCCAGGGUACCAUCCCCUCCCACAGGACUUAGAGGCAGAUGAUGAUGACCAGGAAGAUGAGAUUGAUUAUAAUUCACUCUCUGGCCUCAUGUCUGCCUUAGCCACACACGGCCCCAACAGAAUCCAUGUUAGUGAAGAUGGGGAAGUUGCAGCCACUGGCACUGAAGUGGUAGAAGACAGAGGAGGAGACAGUAUCGCAACCCCUGUGAAAGAGUCUGCACAGGAAUGGGAUGCAGCAGAGGUUAGGGAGAGGGCUGGCGUGUGGAAUUCAAAUACACCUGCACCUGACCGCUUAGAGCUGGACUGUGGCAAGGUAGAACAGAUCAAGUCUGUCAUGGCAUCAUUUACCUUGCCUGAGUCAGCCAUUCCACCCUGGGCCCAGAACCUCUCAGAGGAAGAAUGGAAAAGUCAAGUUUCUCACCUGUUGGCUCAACAAGGUUCCCAGUAAUUGUAGAUUUUUUUUUUUUUUUUUAUAUAUAUAAUUUAUGAAUAUAGCUUUAUCAUUAAUAUUUCAAUAAGAAGAGGACUAAGUGUGUAUAAAUAUAUAGUCUUUAGUUCAAAAGAAUUUCCAUUUAUGCAUGUUUUCUGUUAUUGAGCUUUUUUAUUUCACAAAAAAAUGUUUACCAUUGUUAGUAUAGAUUACCCAAAAGCUGCAACUAAGGUCCAGCUCAUCCAUAGAGAUCAGUAAGGCUGACGAUAUGUGUGGACAGUUCAUGGUUACCAGCCCACUUUGUGACUAGCAAACUUCCCAUUCAAAGGCACAUUCAAAUUUCACCCUUGGAAUAACAUCAUAACCAUUUAUUACUCCAUGUCACCUUCAUAUAUCUGGUAGUUUUGGAAUAUUUGGAUUAUAUAUACAUAUAAAAGCCAAAUGUUUGAACUGAUAGGGGUGUGGAGGAUUAGAUUUUGGACAUGAAAGAUUGAGUUCUGUCAGGAUGCAUAAGUAGUCUCCUCACACCUUUUACCUAUCUGAGAAUACAAAUUUAAAUGUUUAAAUACUUUUAUAUGGCAGGGUUCUCAACCCAUGAAUCAUUUUUGUCAUCCUCCUUCAUACAGAUAGCCAUUCUAUGGUAAGGAGACCAGAAUUGAACUGUACAAUCAGGAUGAUGUCUAACUAAUGCUAGAUAUAGCUUGAGGAAGACAAUGCUAUGUUAAUGUCUUUGUUGCCAAGUUGACUAUCAUCCUCUAACCUAAAUUGUCCAGUAUUAUCCAUUGCUUUUUCUUAUAUCCAGUCAUACCUCAGUUUAUGAGCUUAAUUCGUUCCGGAAUUUUGCUUGCAAACCAAAAAACUUGUAAACCAAAACUGCAAGUAAGUGUAGUGCUGAAAACACAAAAGAUCGCACACUAGAGCACAAAUGUAGGUGAACAGGAAUGAGCAGGUGCUACCCCUGCAAGUGUGCAAUGCAGGACCCCAUUCCCUUUGUUUUCCACUGUGAGUGCUCUCAUCUUGCGGUAAACAAAGGGAACCCAUGCUCGUGUCUUCUACUUGUACAAACAGGAGCUCAUACACCAAGUCACCUCUCGUAAACAAAGGCAUUUUUAGUGAUAUAUUUUUUGCUCAUAAAUCAAAACACUCAUAAAGUAAGACACUCGUAAACCGAGGUAUUACUGUGUAUGGAAGAAACACAAAGGAUCAUUCUUCAUUUGCCUCGCUAUUUUGAUCUCUAAUUAUUUUUUCGUUUCUUAUAUCACUUUUGAUCACACUGUGGUGAAGUGGUUAGAGUGCCUGGCUCCACAGGCCCAGUUCAAAUCCCGACCCAGGCAGUUGGCAUAUAGCUCACGCAGCGGUUCAUCUUCCUUUUCGGGCUGUUGAUAACUGGGUACCUGGGGAAACCUGGGGAAGGUAAACUGUAGCAAUCCCAAAUUUCACAUUGGCUUGCCUCCCAAGGUAAUUGGUUCUUACCUACCAUAAGCUCAAAGGGCCAGUGGUUCAGAGAUGAGCACCACAGCCACAGCGUAAGCAUCCACCUUUACCUUUACUGUUAUAUCACUUUUCACUUAAUGUGGUAACUGAAUAUAUUGCUCACCAAG